UCCGUCGGCGCUCGAUGUAAACGGCUAAAAUAGAAAUCGAUUGUUGUUUCUAUUCCUGUGGAUUUAGGUCGGGUUUAUUCGAAAUAUCAGUGCUAUGGCGAUCCGAUAAAUAAUAGCAUUCACAAUGUACAUCAUAAGUUUGUUGGUGUGGGUGGCGGUGGGGGCACCAGGGUUGUCGGCACACCUGCAUCAUGCCGUGGAGACUGAGAUGUUCGCCAUACCCAUCAGCCCUAAUUUAUUCAACUGGACCUAUCAAGAGUUCGACCAGCAAUACCGCUUCCACGCUGCCAUGCUGGGCAAACCGGAGCUACCUGCGUGGCUUCAUUAUAUCUACAGUGGACGACACCACUCAGGGUUCAUCUUCGGAACGCCGCCGCGAGGGAGCCGAGGCUCCCUCCAGAUCGAAGUAAUCGGCUUAAAUAGACAGGACUACGAGACGCGGCGGGUGUUACUGACGUUGGACAUACAGCUGAAGGAGAAGAUGGCACGCCAUGAGGUCGAGCUCAAGAUCGAUAACCUGAAUGUAGAAGAUCUUUUGGAUGAGCACAAGAUGACCCGUUUGAAGGACAUCUUGAGAACGAAGCUCUGGACGGAGAGCAGUGGCGAUCUGUAUGCGACCUUCCUGUCGUCUGCCAUCGAUCUCGGAGCUCGACUGCCUUUGAAGCCAAGUGAUGGUGAAGGGUUGGUAGUCCGCCUCGGCAGUUCCAUGCCAUUCUCGCUGGAGCUGAAGAGGCUACGCGAGGAGGUGCGCCCUCUGUCCCGUCUGCCCAGCUGUCCCCGAGAGUACAAGCGGACGACCGUUGAACGACUCUUCAGGGACGCUGGGCUGACGCUGGACUGGUGCAGUUUUGAACUGUACAACACGAUCUACAAGGAGCGCUCAACCCUUCACCUGGAAUAUUUGACUGAAGUGCCCAACACCAGUAAAUCCGCCAAAUCCUUCAAGGCUCUUGAAACCAAAGAUAUCUGGACUGCACCCAGCAAGGAGUCGGUCCCGUGCCGCAGCUACCGGCGCGUGGUGACGGGCGCGGUGCUGGCGCCGCUGGUGUUGUUGUUGCUGUGUGUGUCCGCGCUCACGGCCGCCGUCUGCGCGCUGCACGCCACCGUCCGAGAUCCAGUAUCAGAUAAUUUUCUGGAUAAUAUAUUCCACAUCUGUAUUGACUAUAGAAAUAGAAGGAGGGCCCACAAGUCAAAAGUGGAAAUGUGUCGUUAUGGCACUGGCAACACCGAGCAGACACAGGUAGCUGACAACACUAGCACCAAGAGCCUUGGAGCGAGCCCCAACAACAGUCUUGCACGUCCUUACAGUCCAAAAUCGACGACAAACCUGGCUGGCAACUACAACCGCCCGCAACCACCGCCCUAUAUGGGUUCAGCGACCAAUUCUCUACACCAUCGGAAAUCAACCGACAGAACCCCAUCAACCAGUGGCCAUACUCCUGAACACCGCACCCAUCUACUCGAAGAAUCGCUAAAACUGCUAAACGAAGCGAAAAUCGACAGUUUAUCGAUUAAAGAUCCGAUAAUCGAUUUGAACGAUGGCACUGAAGAUUAUGUUCCGAUUAAACCUGAUGCUUCUGGCUACGUGUCAAUGAAAGAUUUGGAUGACAUUGAUGUUCCCGAUCUGGCUAAGUUUGGCAUCGCUGGGCCCAUAUGACAUGAGGUAAUGGCGGGAGAACCGCCCGUUAAAACAUGGUUUUGUUAAUCCACCGUGCGAAAACGCAUUUUUUUUGUUUUUUUUGCAGUUGAGUUAUUUAGUCGUGUUCUAAAAAUACAAAAGUAAAGAAUUUUCUUUUUCUGGAAAUUAAGCACACACUCUGAAACGAAAACAAAAAAAAUAUUUUUUUAAAAAGGUGUCAAUAACAUUUAAGGCAAAUAGUUAAAUAGUUUUACCUACCGUAAAAUGUUGAGUACAAUCUAAUGAGUGGAAGGUUGUCUGAUAAUAUUUGUAGUAAUAAUUAAAUACAAUACUUAUAUAUCACGAAAGUAAAUCUAUACCAAAAAAAGAGAAAAGGAUUAAAAAAUUGAUUAAUUUUGCACAAAAAAUCACACAAUGAAAUUGAACAGUGAAUUUGGAAUGAUAUUACAAAUUUUAAUAACAUACUACCCAUUACCAAGACAUAAAAAUUACAUUGAAAGCAAAUAAAAAAUUUGCAAUACCUAUGUACCAAAAUAUUUCUUGCGUCUACCACCUGCCUUGACAUCAGUACAAUAGAGUUGAAAAUCAAUGGACUUGACUAUCAAAGUUUGCAAGUAACCUUUACAAAGUUAUUAAAAUUUCUAAUAUCAUUUCAAUUGGAAUAUGGACAUCACAAAUAUACAUCUUUGGCGUAAUUUUCAGACAAUUCAAUAAUUUCUGCACUUAGUUGUAAUUUAGUAUUAAUUAAUGAUAUUAUUAUACCUAUGACGAUAUUACUCAGUGAUAUUUUAUAACUUAUUUUUUAA